AUGUACCAACCACAUUCAGUUCAAAAUCUGAAUUGGGCGGGCGUACUAAUACUUAGUAGUGUAAAGAUGGCGUCAACGGUGUGUGUGUCUAGAUGCCGACUCCUAGCAAAUUUAGAAAUAAAUCGUGGUUUGUGUCUUUUGCCAAUAUUUAGUGAUUUGUCAAAUAAUAGGGAAUCGUGGUGUCGCCGAUGGAGACCAAUGCGUCGCUCGUUGUACACAAGCGUAAGCUCACACGGUUCAAAAACUGCUCCUACAAAAAUCGAACCAGAGAAAUCUGACGGUAAGGUAUACUCGGAAUGA